GAGGCUGGUCAGUCUCAACUCUCAACUCUCAACUGCUCUGAUUCUUCCACAUUCAAGACAUUCAACAAGGAACGAUCAUGGCUGCUAUGGCGAAAGCAGGCGUACUCACUCCUCUCCAUUCCAACCUCAGAGAGCUUCCUUCUCUUGAAUCCGCUUCGAUGCGCCUCAAGUUCGGAGGUAGUCGGUUCUCUCGGCUCAACGUUGCGACUCUUAAGCAAGCCAGAAGUUCGUCUCCUCUUCCUGUAAUUAGAGCCCAAAGCUCUCCUGAUUAUGUUCCGGAUGUCAAAUUUUACAAAGUGGAGGCAAUUCUCAGGCCCUGGCGAGUCCCACAAGUUUCAUCUGCUCUGUUGAAAAUGGGUAUUCGAGGUGUUACAGUUUCUGAUGUUCGAGGAUUUGGUGCUCAAGGAGGUUCCACUGAGAGGCAGGCUGGAUCGGAAUUUUCUGAAGACAAGUUUGUUGCUAAAGUAAAGAUGGAGAUUGUAGUGAGCAAAGACCAGGUUGAAGCUGUGAUAGAAAAAAUCGUUGACGAGGCAAGGACUGGGGAGAUUGGUGAUGGAAAGAUAUUUUUGGUGCCUGUUUCAGAUGUAAUAAGAGUUCGCACGGGUGAACGUGGAGAAGAAGCCGAGAGGAUGACAGGUGGGAGAUCAGAGCUGAGCUCUGCAACAUGAAGUGUUCGUGUUGCAGAACUAUGGGCAUCGCAAUCGUCAACUACACCUCUUUCAUUUCUAGUUAGGACCUGCACCCAAUAUCCCAUCUUGUUUUUUUUCAUGGAACUUAUUUCCUGCAGAUCUUAGAAGGUUUCGAUACUAAUGCUAUCAUUCUCAUAGAUCAUGUUAGGAAGAGAGUUUAUGGUAUCUUCAUCCUGCUGCAAGGCAAGAUACAUUAAUAAUAAUGACAAUGAAAAUCCACUCUCUGUUGCUUCA